CUGUCGUGCCCGGCGUGCCCGGUGGCCCCGCACGCGGCGGCCGAGCCGGAGGCAGCUGGGCCCUGCCCCUCGCCCGCCUCGGCAGAGUGCCGGGGCUUCGGGGCCGGGUUCGCCCUUGGCCUGCUCGCCGGCGCGCUGCUGGCGGUGGUGGCGGCGGUGGCUCUGCAGGCGCUGCGGCGACUCGCGGGCUACGCCGGUGCGUGGCUGCGCUCGGGGCGUGACCUCGAGAUCGACGACCUGGGGGAGGAGGCCCGCGCACAGGUGAAGGUGCUGCGCCAGCCCCACUGCUCGCUCGCCGCCGCGGGCGUCACCGUCGGGGACUUCCUCGGCAUCCAAUACAACGUUGGUGGGAGGGCGCUCGUGCACGAGCGCGUCGUGGUCACCCUGGACCCCGGCACCCCUGGCACUGCAGCGAUCGUCACGGUCGACGGCGAAGAGUACGACGAGCAGGUGGUCGGCAACGCGGACGUGCUCCACUGGGACCUGCUGCCCGGCGGGGCGCCUGGCGGGGUCUUCCCGUGGGCGCCGGCGGCGAGGUACUACCGCUUCCGGGCGAUCCCCGCGGUCGCGGCGCUCACCGCUGCCGCCGGCCGCGCCUGCGCCCGCCUGGGCCUCGCGGCGCCCGCUGGCCCCGUGGUGCCCAACGUCGCCGGGCGUGCCCCCGCUGCGGCAGCCCCUGCGGCGGCGCCCGCGGGCGCCCUAGCGCUGCCGGCUGGCGGUGCGCCAGGCCCGGAGGGCGGCGGAGUGGCCGCGCUCGUGGCUGCGCUCGGAGGUCCUGCAGGCGGCGCUGCCGGUGGCGCGCUCGCCCCGGCGCCAGCUCCAGUCGCUGCUGCAGUCGCACCGGCGGCUCUUGUCGCAGGGGGGGCCCCCGUGCCGCCCGCUGGGCUCGGCAUGCUGGCCCCUGGGCCAGCCGGGCCUGCCGUGGCCGCCGCCCCCGGCGUCGCGCCGCCUGCCGCAGUGCCUGCGCCCGCGGGCGUGCCGGCUGGCGGCGCCCAGGCCAGCCCUGGCGGCCACGCCCGCAUCUUCACCGUCGUGAGGGACUUGCGAGGAGUGCGGCGUGCCGACUUCCGGGUCAUGGUCUCCCAGAUG